GCGUGAGUGCUUCCCAUCCCGGACUGAGCUACCUCUCCCUUCUGAGGCUCCCAAUCGGACCAAAGGCGCGGCAGCCCCUCUGCUGUCCCAGUUCCGGUCCCGCUGCCCUGCCGCAAGUUCUUCUGGGAAGCGUAGUCCUGAGGCUGGGGUGGUGCGUGGGCGCAUCUAGGGUCAGGUUCUAUGGUCUUGGAGAGCGAGUGGAUCGAAGCCUCCGACGCCAGGCCGGCCGGCCUCGCUGAGGUCCCGUGGCAAGAACCGACAAGGACCGCUCUGCUUUGUGGGGAAUCUCUCUCGGGCAGAUGGUUCUGACGAUGGUCUCGGGCGUUUGGAAGAAGCUUCCCCUCGCACACACUGCCCUCCCUCCCACUCCUACCGAGUGUUUCCCCUGUGACCUGUAUAAUAUGUGCGGGCCCAUCUCUACUCGAGCCUUGGCCAGCUAGGAACAUAUUUACUUAACUGAGCUGGUGACAUUUAUCGGUAUUUAGUCUAUUAGCUGGACCACUGUCUGCUUGAUUAAGCUGAAGGCCUGACUUUCUGUUUCCUAGAAAUCAGGAGAUUUCGGAAACAAAAACCUUCCAAUCUCCCCGAAUAGCAACAACCCCUUAGAUGCCCCCUCCCCUUCUCAACGCCCUCUUGUAUAAAAGCUAUGUAUAUUACUUGUUUAGCCCUCCUACCACGAGCUUUCUCUUCCUUAUCUCAUGAUGGGACGGCCCAUCCUCUGGAAGUUUUCAAUAAACAACUUUUCUGCUUUUUUUACUAAAUGAUCUCUGAGUAGUCAUUUUGGGUAAGGGUCUUCUACAUCCCUCACACAGGGGUCAGGGAUUUCUGGCCUCUGGAUGCCAGGCACCAGCUCGCACUAGAAGUCCCAGAACAUUUCCUGAGAAGGAAGACCCCGUGGGGGAGGGGAAGCCCGAGACCCUCACUCAGGCAGAUGAGGUUCCUAUAGUUCUCCAGCAUCACCUCCCGGUACAGCUGCUUCUGGGAAGGGCUCAGCUGCCCCACUCCUCCUGGGUCCUUGAAGGUCACAGAUCCCUAAAACCAAAUACAGAUGUGCUCACCCAGGACCUCUGGCAAACUUCAGCAGAUGAAGUUGGUGCAAGUUGCAUGAGGGUAUUUCUUGCAUUUCCGAGAUUCAGGGUAUCCCAAGUUAGAGACAUUUGUUGAGCAAACCGCAACAGAUGCUGAAUGAUGCGACAAAAUGGGCAUUUGAUGAGCCUAUGAUUUUGCAGAACUUUUUGGUUCAGUACCAACCCUCUAUCGAUAACCUCCGAUUCAUAUUUAGCUGGGGAAAGUGAAGGGGUGCUGGGAAGGAGAAGGCUUGGGAAGGGGAGGUGAGGGGUGGGGAAGGGAGCAGGGAAGGAAAUGGGGGAGGUAGAAAUGGGGUGAAUCCGGCACCUAAUUCGAAAGACAGGAGAGGAAAUGGGAGUGCAGGUGGAGAAGGGAUGGGAUAGACACCUGAUUGGGGGGAGGGGAGGUCUGAAGAUGGCCAGAAACUGAGAGUUGGAAGCGGGGAGGUCCUGAGACCCGAGAGACGCUGGGGGUCGUUUCCCGGUCAGCGGGACCCAUGGGGAGGACACCUGCGGAGAGGAUUCCUGCCCCAGUCAAGAACUGACAACACGUGGGGGAACCUGGUGUGGGCAGAAGCCGUCAACGCCACGAACUACGAUUCCCAGAAGGCUUUGCAGGAAUACCUUGGGUCUGCAUGAGGAGCGGAGGCCGAUGUCGUCAUUUCCUCUCCCUCGGGCUUACAGCUAAAACCCUAUCCCUUAGCUCGUAUCGAAGAUGCGACUAUUGGCCAGGCGGGAGGAGGCAGGGAGGGCGGAGAGCCAAUCAGAAGCCAGAACGAAGGUCCGCCCAGCGGGGCCACGCUCCGAGGCAAAGGCGUAGCCCGCGGGUGACCUGGAACCACAGUGGGCCUGGAAGCUUCCCGCGGUGGGUGGGGGUCCCGCCCGGACUCCUUCCUCUGCCCUGCCUCCUGAGGGCUCAGCCAGCCCGGAGCAUGGCCCCCGGACCCACCGCGGCCGCUGUCCUCCAGGGAUCGGUGACCUUCCAGGACGUGUCCGUGGACUUCUCCCGGGAGGAGUGGGGGCAGCUGAGCCCUUCCCAGAAGCAGCUGUACCGGGAGGUGAUGCUGGAGAACUAUAGGAACCUCAUCUGCCUGGGCCUGGCCGUGUCCAAGCCAGAUGUGAUCUGCCAGUUGGAGAGAAGGGAGGCCCCUGGGAUGACUGUCCCCCAGAGCUGCUGUGCAGAUUCAAAGAUUAUUCCUGAACCCAAGAAGUUAUUUUCUAAGCUUGUCACUUUUUCAGAAGAGUCAUCUGGACAGUUCACAGAUCAUUGCUGUUUCUCCAAGCAGAAAGAAGCUUCAAAACUUAAUGUCAGGUUAAAAAGGAACAGUCAUGGUGAGGAGAUCCAAUCUAAAAUUCAUCCUACAGAGAAACCCUAUAAAUGUGAUAGAUAUGGGAAAGCUUCGGCUAGAGGCUCAGAACUUGCUGCACAUUGUAGAACUCUUACAGUGGUGAGAACUUACAGAUGCAAUGAAUGUGGGAAGGCCUUUAGCCAGCGCUCACACCUGGUUGGACACCAGAGAAUUCAUACUGGAGAGAAACCUUAUGAAUGUAAAGAAUGUGGGAAAGCUUUCAGGUGGACCACAGGACUUACUCAGCAUCAGAGAAUCCACACUGGAGAGAAACCUUAUGAAUGUAAUGAAUGUGGAAAGGCCUUCACACAGAGUUCCCAGUGUACUCAGCAUCAGAGAAUUCAUGCUGGAGAGAAAAGUUAUAAAUGUAAAGAAUGUGGGAAAGUCUUCAGCCAGAGGUCUCAACUCAUUGUACAUCAGAGAAGUCACACUGGUGAGAAAACUUAUGAAUGCAAUGACUGUUGGAAGGUCUUUAAAUGGUACUCACACCUUACUCAACACCAGAGGAUUCACACUGGAGAGAAACCUUAUGAAUGUGAUGAAUGUGGGAAAGCCUUCGGUUUCAGAGCGGGUCUUACUGUACAUCAGAGAGUUCAUACUGGGGAAAAACCUUAUAAAUGUGAUGAAUGUGGAAAGGCUUUCAGGCAGAGUUCACAUUUUAAUGUGCAUCAGACAAUUCAUACUAGAGAAAAGUCUUACGAAUGUAAAGAAUGUGGAAAGACUUUCAGGUGGAAGUCAGAACUUAUUCUACAUCAGAGAAUUCAUAUUGGUGAGAAACCAUAUGAAUGUAAUAAAUGUGGGGAUGUCUUUAGCCAGAGGUCAAAACUUACUCUUCAUCAGAGAAUUCACUCUAGAGAAAAAUGUUUUUUUUUAAAAAACCUUAAAAAUUAAAGACUGAAAAGAUAUGAGGGAGAGCACUACAUUUACAACUCAUCAGGUAAUUCCCAGGACCACAGAAGCUCAGCCAUGAAUGGUCUUCCCCUCCAUUGCAUUUAGUUCUCUUCUCCAUGUGCAGACCUCCUUUCUCUAAUGCAUCUGCACACUCUCAUUCUCCCCUGACUCUUUCCCAACUUUCUAAAAACACUAAAUCAUAGGAUUCUAUGUGUGGAGCUCAAGGGGACCUCAGACUUUUGAGUUUAACCCCUCAUUUCACCUAUAAAGGGCCUGAGGCUCCUGGACAUUAUUAGGCAGGACAUAGUCAGGUCUCACUGGGAUUUCAAUAAAAAAAAAAAAACAACCCUUUCCCUGUAUCCUCCUUUCCCCUGUUCCUUCCUCCUCCCGUUUGUAUUCCUAAUGGUCUUCUGAAGCUGCUCUCAGACUUGUCAGUGACCUGAUAACCAAAUAAAAAGCCCUUUGGUGCUCCUUUCCUUCCUCUUAUUCUGCACAAUCAUCGACUCUUGAACCCCCUGUGGUUCCCUGUUCUCUCUUCUGGGAGAUCUCACACUUGGUUCUCCUCCUGUCUUUUUACCUGUGUCUUCUGUCUCCCCUUUGCUGGCCCUUCCUAUCAGGAGUUCUCCAAGAGUCUGUCCUGGGCCCUCUUCAUUUUCCCUUUUUCUUUCUAUCUGUUGAGAAUUUCAUUCAGCCCUCUUAAAGAUACUAGGCUAUCAAUGAAAAACUCAAAAGAGGAUCAGAGAAAGGAAGGGGAGAGAGUUAGCAGGAGCAACUGGUUCAUGCCAAUGAUGGGCCCCUUUUGCUUCUAUAAAGGACCUUAUUAGCUUUAUUAUUGUCAAUAGGAUGUCUUUUCUCCUUGUAUUACUUUUGAAAUGAAAGAGUUGAAGAGGAUAUUUCAUGGUGAUACUAAAAAUUUUUCUGUUCCUUCAGAAAUGUCAUUAAAGGGAGCACCAGUGUA